GUUCCACGGCAACGCUGACCAAGAUCCAACCGGCCUCUAAUCCUAACCUAACCUAACCUAACCUAACCUAAUCUUGUUAUGGAUGACAAUGCAAUGGACAUGGAAACAGAUUAUGAGGAUAAAACUGCAAAUCCUAAGAAACUGUAUCUUUUUAACAAGAAGAAAGAUAAACUUGCUUUAUUGCAAGCUCUCUUCAAGCAUGGAUAUCCGGACUAUUCUAUCGACAUAUUCCCGGAUCUGUCCGGAAAAGAUCAAGAUUUCUGCUUGAUGAAGGUGCUUAAAUAUAUGAAAACCUUUUUUAAAGACAAACCUUCGAUAAUUGACUUUAUAAGAAGUGGAAUGUUUCAAGAGAAUGAUUGCAACGUUCCGCUGGUGUUGUCGCUCAUAGCACUAUAUGAAAGACCAUGUGACGAAGAGAAUGCAGAGUGUGAUUUCAAAGAAAUAUAUCGGUUUCUUUACAAAAUGACAACCAACCAACCAGCCUCGCAUCUUUCAUCUAAUUCUGGAAAAGUUUUGUAUACAUUAUUAAAAGAAAUAACAGCUGAAGUAUGGCCUGACAUUCAACCAGAUCUAUUUAAAUACUUAAGCAAAGUGCACAAAUAUAAUAGACCAAUAAACAGAAAAACAUAUUCAGGAAAACAAAUACUUCAGAAGAAACGUGCAGCAAGAAGUUAGGCUUAUAUCAUGCUUGCUCAUCUUAAGUCAUGUAUAAAAGCUUCUAUACUGCC